AUGUCGAGCCAACACCACAUGGCCGAAACUACCCGUCCAUAGCUUUUGAGCAAACACCAAAUCGGAUACUGGAAUAACGUCCAUAUUUGGGUUACCAUACCUGUGGAAGACAUGUCAAAUUAACAACAAUUUUGUCGUUUCAUAAUUUAUUGCCAUAAAAGAAGAUUGAGUUUAUUAAUAAAUAUAUAUCAAUAUUACUGCUGAAAUUUCGAAAUGAAGAACAUCUAUGGCGUACUUCUUUUGCUAAAUAUCAAUCUCGCUAAUUCGCAAAAAACGCCAUAUAUAACUCAUAUUACACAAGAACUUGUAAUAGAUAUCGGGGGUGAAAUGAAUUUGGAUUGUUCAACCAAACAUUCCCAAGAACCAAAUAGUUCAUGGGUUAAGGUUGCAAAAGAUCAAAUAGAUGCAUCAAUUGAACUUUCGUCUGGAAGUGUACUUACUGUCAAAGAUCCAAAAGUUUCAUUGAUAACAGAAAUCAAGCAAGAUAGCAGUCAAUACAUAAUACAUAUUCAUAAUAUUCAGGAAGACGAUGCCAGUAUCUAUCGCUGUGAUCUGAUAACUGGGUUUAAUGCCAAAAUAUCUGCAUACACCGAAUUAAUGGUUCGUGGACCACCAUUUAUUUAUGAUAACUCCACCAAAUUAUUAGUUGUAGAAGAAUAUCAAUCAGUGCUCAAACUUGCAUGUUUUGCUGGUGGAUAUCCUACUCCAAGGGUUUUCUGGAGGAAACCUAACAACCCAAUUUUAUCUAUAGGUAACAUUUUGAAAAUUCCUGGUAUAAAAAAAGAAGAUCGUGGAAACUACUACUGUAUAGCUGAAAAUGGUGUCGGGAAUGAUACCAGCCGUAGAAUUUCCAUAUCAGUAGAAUUUCCUCCAGUUAUAACUACAUUACUAACUAGAGUGGGACAAGCGGUAAAUUAUGAGGCAUAUCUAGUAUGUAGUGUUGAGGCUAAUCCUCAACCAGCCAUCACUUGGAUAUAUAAAGGAGUAGAAUUAUCUAAUAAUGAACAUUACUGGAUAUCGAAUUUUGCUACUGCUGAUGACAAAAUGGAUAGUAGUUUACUUAUAAAAAUUAAAAAUUAUCUUUAUGGUGGUUAUAUCUGCAGAGCAUCAAAUAUUUUUGGAGCUGCUGAAAUAAAAAUUACUGUUUAUAAAACGCUAUUACCACAAUGCCAUCAUCCUGCCUGUGAAGAUUAAUCUACCACGCUAGUUGCUGUUUUAUUCUAGUCGUUGCCAGGGUCGGAUAAGGAAGGUAUCGGCUCACCGAGUUUUAGAAUUUUAACCGGCCCUAAAAAUGUUAGCGGCCUAUUUUUCAAUAAUAUAAAAUCAUUAAUUCAUAUUUAUAUACAUUUUUGAGCUGUUAAGAGUAACAGAGUUUGGGGUAUUCAAAUAUUUUCGACCAUGUAUUACUAAGUCUGUCCAAAUUUUAAGCGGCCCACCGAGUUCAACUAAGUAACUCACCAGGCUUAUCCUGGUCUGGUCGUUGCUGUUUACCAUUUUUAUAUUUAUAUACACUUAAUUAUUAUUUUUCUAUUUUAUUAUUUUAAGGGCAAUAAAACACGUACAUGUUAUUAUUUAUAUUAAUUAUACUUAACAAAUAUGCCUACUAAAUAUGUUCGAAAUAAUUCUUAGAAAUACCAUACGUUUCGUUUUGAAUAUUUUUCCUAAAUGAGCAUGUAUGUCAAUGUAUGGUCAAUUGGCGUGAUGACUAUGAUAAGUAUCGGUACUAUUUGGUGCACCAAGAUGAAUGACGAUACAAAUUUAAUAUAAAAAAAAUAUGGUUAGUAUAGUUGUAUAAAAAUAACUAUUGUGUCGGAAUUAACAUAAUAUUUAAUUUAUAGAUAAAUGCAAUAAAUGUAUUAAUUUUUUUUUUC